AUAAAUCGGACUCCGAGGAGCCAGGAAGUAUGCAGCGCGACAGAUAAAGUCGAGAGAGCGGACGUUUGUUGUCAGUGGACGGGGAUCACACGCUUCAGGGUGAGAGGGAAUUAUAGCCGAGUGCGAAAUUGAGCCUAAUCCAUUGCAGUGGCAGAGACUGACCACUCAGUAGUUUAGAUUUGAAAGCGGGGAGAGAUCACGACCCUGCUUACAAUUAGGUAAAUAUUACGUUAGCACAUUGCUACGAAACAAGACGGAAGAGAAUAGAAGCGGGAUUGCUGUUAUUUCACGGCAAAGGUUUGUCUUGCUCACAAAACAAUUAGAAUCAAGGAACAUUUCUCAGCAAAGCUUCAAGAUGCCUCGGGUGGUCCCGGAUCAAAGGAGCAAGUUUGAAAACGAAGAAUUCUUCAGAAAACUCAGUCGGGAGUGCGAGAUCAAAUACACAGGUUUCCGAGACAGACCGCACGAGGAGAGGCAAGCCAGGUUUCAGAACGCUUCUAGAGACGGUCGCUCAGAAAUAGCUUUUGUGGCGACGGGCACCAACCUCUCGCUGCAGUUCUUCCCAGCCAACUUGCACGGGGAGCAGAGGCAGACGCCCACACGAGAUUAUGUGGACUUUGACCGGGAGACGGGAAAGGUGUACCUGAAGGCCCCUAUGAUCCUGAAUGGAGUGUGUGUGACCUGGAAGGGCUGCAUAGACCUCCAGCGCUUGGAUGGGAUGGGCUGUCUGGAGUUCGAUGAGGAGAGAGCACAGCAUGAGGAUGCCCUGGCGCUAGCAUCUUUUGAGGAGUCGCGUAGGAGGACCCGGGACUUUGAGGACAGAGACCGCUCGCACCGAGAGGACCUGGAGCCCAGGCGACAGCAAGACCCCAGCCCUGGCACCAACAUGGGCAACAACGCUGAUGAUCACAAGAUUCGCUAGAGGCCAGAGAGACGCAGGGGGUGGGGUCAGGGUGACCUGUCCAUCGUACUAGGCCAGUCUCACACCCUGUCACCAAGCUGUUAACUGGAGAGACCAAAGUCCACAUUGCUAGGGAUUUGGGGAUGGGUGGGGGUGGGGCCCUUUUUAAUUUUAAGAAGGGACUGGGUGAGGUGGGUGUCCAUUUUUAAGUGUGGUGUAAGAGGAUCGACCCAAACCUCCUUGUCUUCGGGGGGGUUUUGCACUAUCUGAUACAUUCAGUUUAGUACCCACAUUGCCUUCUGUAUGCAUGGAGCACCUGCCUACCUAUGUUUUCUUUUGUCCCUCUAUGCAAGCUAUUUCGGCAGCACUUUCUUUUACAAUGCUUUAUAAAUAGGAAAUUACUGGGUGAUUAAAUGGAACACAUUUGUUCUUAAAUAAUUACAUAUUCUUCCUAAAUUGUUACAUUUCUAAUAAUUCCAAAUAUCUUCCAUCUUCCUUAUUGUUUCCCAUAAAGUUUGUUUCAAAUCAGGUAGCAACCUGAGGAGCACUGAGCAUAAAUGUAUUUCACGCUAAAUUCUAAUCUAUUGAUAAUUACAAUCAGAAGUUGAAGCAAUAACAAAGCGUCCACCCUGCCCCUGUUUCGGGUAAAAAGCUGAGGGAUGGGGCUAGAAAAAUGUAACCACUCUCAAAUUCAUAGACAGAGCUAUGGAUGCAAGGACUGACUAUCCAUAAUAUCAAAAUUAUAGUUUUAACCAUGUUUUGAGACUGUAUAGUCUCAAAAUGUAUUUAUUUUGUUUUGAAACAUUGGGGUAAAACAAGCUUCCCACUGGGCACACACUGAUUAAAUCAAUGUUGUUUCAACAUAAUUCAAUUAAAUUACGUUGAACCAACGUGAAAUAGACUUUGAAUUGACGUCUGUGCCCAGUGGGUUAUAUUUUGGGUUCUGAUGCGGCAAGACAGUUGAACUAAGCUUAUGAGGCAUUUAUAAAUUACAUUCUUCAAGAAUCAAUGGGUAUGUAUCAUUAAUUUUCACUACAUGACAAAAAGUAUGUGGACACCUGCUUAUCAAACAUCUCAUUCCAACAUCAUGGGCAUUAAUAUGGAGUUGGUCCCCCCUUUGCUGCUAUAACAAUCUCCACUCUUCUGGGAAGGCUUUCCAUUAGAUGUUGGAACAUUGCUGCGGGGACUUUGUUUCCACUCAGCCACAAAAGCAUUAGUGAGGUCGGGCACUGAUAUUGGGCGAUUAGGCCUGGCUUGCAGUCGGCGUUCUAAUUCAUCCCAAAGGUGUUCGAUGGGGUUGAGGUCAGGGUUCUGUGCAGGCCAGUCAAGUUCUUCCACACCGAUCUCAACAAACCAUUUAUAUAUGGACCUCGCUUUGUGCACGAGGGCAUUGUCAUGCUGAAACAGAUAAGGGCCUUCCACAAACUGUUGCCACAAAGUUGGAUGCACAGAAUCGUCUAGAAUGUCAUUGUACGCUGUAGUGUUAUGAGUUCCCUUCACUGGAACUAAGGGGCCUAGCCUGACCCAUGAACAGCCCCAGACCAUUAUUCCUGGCACUAUUCAUUCGGGAAGGUAGCGUUCUCCUGGCAUCCACCAAACCCAGAUUUGUCCUUUGGACUCCCAGAUGGUGAAGUGUGAUUCAGCACUCGCUGGUCCCGUUCUGUGAGCUUGUGUGGCCUACCACUUUGUGCCUGAGCCGUUGUUGCUCCUAGAAGUUUCCACUUCACAAUAACAGCACUUGCAGUUGACUGAGGCAGCUUUAGAAAUUUUACGAACUGACUUGUUGGGAAGUUGGCAUCCUAUGACAGUUCCAUGUUGAAAGUCACUGAGCUCUUCAGUACUGGCCGUUCUGUUACCAAUGUUUGUCUAUGAAGAUUGCACAUCCACUAAUAUGAAGGGGUGUCCACAUACUCUUGGCCAAGUAGUUUAUAUGUCCAAAAAUAAAUGUAGCAACUAUAGUUUGGAAAUAGGCCUUUUUUGGUUCCAGGUAGAAGAACCAUUUUUGAUUUCAUGUAGAACCCUCUGUGGGAAGGGUUCUACCAGAAAGGGUUUUCCUAUGGGGACAGCCAAAAUAACCCUUUUAUGUUCCAGAUAGCACCUUCAAGUACAAAUAGUUACCAAUCAAUCACCUAUAUAUUUUGUAUUUAUAAAGGACUAUAAAAGAUUGCUUAACAGCUAUAAUUUAUCAUAUUAUAGCACUAUUUUAAUGAAAUUGUAUUUUUUAUUAUUUUAUUCAUGUUUUGUGUGAAAGUCAUGAUGUUUACUUUUUUUAUUUCUUUUCUCUAUAUAUAAAUACUGUAUUUGUAUGUCUUUAUGCUAUCGUAAGGGAUAUCAGUAGAAUAUGUAAAGUUGUGUUCAAGAAAAGUUACUUUUUCAAAGAGACUGUUGAUUUGCCGGAUGAGGAAGGUCUAUCAACCUCAGCGCUUUCUAUCUUCCUGUCUCCUCCAUGUUAGCAGCAUAUUUUAACAGUCUUUGAACAUGACUCUAGCAGCACAUAGCGCACAAUGAGGUCAGUGUCUCUGAGCUCGCUCUUUGGAAGUCGAGGCAAAGAGGCUUUCUCCUCUGCAUAGUUUUUUUUAUUAUUCUCUUUAUUUCACGUUUCAUCCAGAUCAGAGUUUGUAACGUCUCUAAGCAGUAACUUUCUCUUUUUUUGAUCCAUUGUGGCUUCAUUCCAGAGGUUUGUCGCACAUUUUGAUCCAGCUCUGGGAUCUAUCUCCCUGAAAAUUAUGCAAGGACACAGCAACAUUAUCUCACUAACUUACCCUCCAGUUUUGUUUGGUAUGUUUCAGGUAAUCUGAAUAUCUUUGAGUUUCAUCAACUAUUGUGCUGUUGUCAGUGUUUCUUCCUCUUUACAGGAAUACAGUUUUAACAGUUCAUUCAUAUGAAUUUGUCUGUACUGGGGAUUUAGAGAGAGCAACAUCUUUAAAGAGAUUGAAGACUCUCUAUUGCAAUAAAUGAUGUGUGUAAACCCUGAAUGGCUAACACGGGGCGCUGUAUUGAAGCCACCAUGCAGCCAUCUUGGUACUCCUUCUCCGUUGUAAAAGAUUUAGGAAGGUAUAGAAAUGCAUUUAUUAAUGCCUACAUUUGUUUUUGACACAUUUAUUCUAUUACAGACACAUUAACGCAUACUUUUAAAUUAUAUGCGAGUUAAACUUUUUUUUUAAAUGAAUCAUCUCUAAAAACUUUUUUUUAGAGAGUACUAAUGUUACUGUCUCCACUACAACAACAAAAAAUACUCAAAUACAUGUCAUUUUGACCAUACAUUUUUUUCUCUCCAAAUUCAUUCCUAUAGAUGCGGUAAAGAGGUCAAUCGAACUUGACCAAAACAAUGGAAUUGCCAUGCAAACGUGUGGGGGAAAGGGCCAUGGGGGAAAAAGAGCCUACAUUUAGGCUAUUGUUUAUAUGUGUAUUUCACACUAUGUUGAGGUGAAAAUCGCGGUAUAACGCUUUUAUGGAUGUCAACCACAACACACGUUCAUGUCAUCUUUACCAAUAAAUUGCAUUACAGUUAAAAACGAAUUUGACUACCACCAACGAUUUCUGUAUGCUAGCUAUAGUUCUGUAUGCUAGCUAUAGUUCUGUAUGCUGGCUAUAAUUAUGUAUGCUAGCUAUAUUUAUGUAUGCUAGCUAUAUUUAUGUAUGCUAGCUAUGCUCACCAGCUUAUACGAACAGGAGUUAGCAUAUAGCAGUCACAUCUUCUAAACCUGAAAAGGGUCAACUUCUACAGACAAAUAUAUCCAUAAUCUGACUUAAGAAACCACAUUGAGUACCUACUACAAUACGUAUAUAAUGACGGAUUUGAUGAAUACUCACUUUGUUAGAUCAGAUUUGUUGACUGUGCGCCAAUCUGGCAUAUGGAACGUCUGCAUUCCAUUGACUCCUAUAACACAUCUAUGGAGGACUGCUCCAACUGGGUAGUGCCAAUAUGGUUGACCGGUGGCUUCAAAGGCUCUCAAUGGCCAAUACAUAGAAUCAGCAAUCCAGGGUUUAUAUAAACCUUUGAUUGCAAUCCAGCACUGUUUCAACCAGUCAUGAAAUAUUGGGAUGAAAUAGACCAAGAGUCAGUCUGGGGCUCAAUAAACUGCAUAUGAAAUUAAAGGAGAGCUCUAUGGUCAAGUCUAGCAGCAGUGAUGAACCUGUGGUUUUCUUCCAUUAAUUUCUAAUGCAUCAGCUCAGUAUUUUAUUCAAAGUUAAUUUGCUUUCAUUUGAAGAAAGAGGAAAGGUGGAGGAAGAAGCCUAUGUUUUGUAAAGGGACAAACGUUAGACAGCAAGUUGUAAGAUGUUGUUGUGCAGGUCAGAAAUAAUGGGGUUUAGGUGGACAGAGGGAGAGGCAGUGGGUUGUCACACUUUGCUAUCGAAGCAAGUUCUAAUUUCAUACUGCAUGGGAUUGUAUUUCCUUGAGUUAGGUUCUUAUGUUUUUAUCCCAAAUACUUCUAUAACACAUAUUUGCAUAAUGUUUCACAUCCCACUAAUGAUGCUGUUCUUUUGCAUUUACAUCUCAUAAAAACAAUGUGCAAGGCCUUAGCUUGUUGCUUUAGUGUAUCAAAGAUUUACACAGUCAGUCAUCUCAAGGUAGCAUACCAAUGUGGGUAACAGGAACGAACAUGUUUACGUUAUCUUCCAUAGACCUUUGGGAUGUUUAAACAAUGUGUACAGUAUUUCACAAUAUUCUGGGAGCUCUAUUUCAAGUGUUUUGUUUGAUAUCUACUCCAGUGUAUAGAUUACCUGAUAAAAGUGUCAGUGUACAAAACAUGUUGGACACUCAGAAACUAACUGGCCUACCUCCAGCUGCAACCAAAAACAAAUAGAAAUCUUGGGUAUUUUUUACUUCACAAUUUUGUGAAUAUUUAUUUCAUUUAAAUGUUUGUUACAGAUGUAGGAUCAUCAUUUGAACCAGUUUGCUACAGCAGGAAAAUAAUCCUGCAGCAACAGGAAAUGUGAAUUACUAUGUGGAUUUUAAUGAAUGGACAUUUUUGUAGGGGUUGAUAAAUGUUUCUUAAGGGAAAAUCUGAAAUGUCAAAGUGGAAAUACAUCUCAAAUACACAACACGUUUUAAAUGUUGUGCAUUGCAGGAAAGUUAUCCUGUAACAGGGCGAUCAAAUUAAGAUCCUACAUCUGUAAAUAGUGUGAUCUGUGUGCAUGAGGUCAGGAAUGUCCAAAACACUGGAGUUAUGAUAUACCCUACCUAGUAAUGGUGUCCCAGCCUAGAUUUCCAACAUAACUGAUUACAAUCCCUGGAGAACAGGCCCUCCUCUCGUCUCUCCCUUCAUGUGUAGGCCUACUCCCCAGAGCCCCAGCUAGCUGGUACCCCUGUCUGAGCUUCUCCCGUCACUUUAAUGCUGGCAUUAAUGCUGGCAAUAACACCAGAGACUGUCCUAGUUAUUUUUUAUAAAUUGUUUAUUUUAUUAUUUGUUUUAAGUUAUUGAUACUGGUUGACCUUUGUUUUGUUCAGGUUACGCAAUGAAGAACUGUGUAUUUCUGUGUUUAAUGGCCUAUCUUUUAACAUUUUACUGAAUAAUUUAGGUUUCUUUCUCUCUGUUUUAUGGUUUAGCUUGUAUGGCUUGUUUUGUUAAGGGGAAACUUAAAUAUGAAUUGUUGAAUUUAACAUGUUUCGUAAUAAAUUUGUAACAAUCGUU